AUGGUAUUUGACAUAAACGAUAUUCUAUAUUACGUAGUUACCAUUGCCCUCAUUAUCUGGCUCUAUCGCAUCUUCUCCACCUCUCCUACUACUACAGGGGAAGUGCCGGCCAAAGAGGUCGCGGGGGUGGACGAAGCUGUUCCGGAGUCCUCUGGUCCAGUUCCUGUAGCGACUACAGGAGCUGCCGUGCAUGAGGAAUGCGCACAGGAACAGGGAACGGACAUUACCGAAAAAGAGGAAACCACCGACGAGACCCCUACAGUGGAAUCAGUGCAUCUGAAUGUGGCCGCCGAAGCCGUCGCGGAGAUUGUCGCAGCGGCAGUUCUAGUGAACGAGGUGACUAGGCGCAGCAGCAAGGAGGAGGAGAAGGAUGCGAUGGUGUCACCGACUGCCUUGCUCGGGCCGGCUGCUUCUGACACUAACGGGCCCAAUGCGAGACGGGUUGGAGGUCACAGCAAUCAGCGUCAGGCCACAGCGAAUGAGUUUGAAAUCCAGCGAAGCAUUCUUGCGGCUGCGAACUCCCGAUCUAUCAGCAGUCUCCUCCUGAUCGUCGAGAAGCACCUCGAUGAGCUCAACUCGGUGAACGUAUCCACGUUAAUACACCGUCUAGCUAGCAUCACCCAAAACCAAGAACAGAAUCAGAGAGUACUCGCCAACGACCCUAGAGUGAAAGAGGUCCUUCGCAGGGCUAUUGACUUGGCGCCGACCUCGAGCUGUCAGUCACUGUCCAACAUUUGCUGGGCGAUUGGUAAACUGCAGAUGGUCGAGGAAAAGGAUGUGGUCCGAGCCAUCGUGGAGGCGGCGAAGUCACAACUAGAAGAGCUGAUGGACUUGGUAGCCGAAAAAGUGGCGAACACUCUAUACACGUUCAAGCCGCAGGAGGUCUCUAACCUCCUCUAUGCUUAUGGCCGUCUCAACUGUUACAAUGAGAAACUGCUGCAAGAGAUAUGUGCUUGUGUAGCGACUAUGAUGCCACGUUACGAUGGUCAGGGGGUCGGCAAUGUGAUAUGUUCCCUUGCCAAGCUGAAGUACCCCUGUAUUCAGCUGAUGGAUGCGAUUGCUGCUGAUGUGGUGAUGACCCCCUACAAGUAUGGCAGAUUCCUCAUCUCGAAGGUUCUCCGUCCUCUGCACAGCCUUGGGUACACCAAUCUGUCUAUGUUGGUGACAGCAAGCAGUCACGUGCUGGACAACUCUGCGGCUGAUGUACGAAUUGAUGAUAUCAUCACUGUGAUGCAAGGAUUCGCCCAAGAGAGCGUCAAAGCUCCGACUGCCAGCUCGGAAGGAACCAUGCUGAAACCAUCACCACGGAGUCUCGCCUCGACGUUCCCAGAUUACGAAGGCGCUGGUCGACGAGUUGGUGCUCUCAUGCAAGCCACAGCGAUGAAGUUCUCGACAGUGGCCAAGCUAGAGGAGAUCUCAUUGGAGAAGAUCGUGCAACUGUUCAAUUUGAUGGCUCGUCUUGGAAUGAAGUCAAAACCAAACAAUGGUGGCUUCCUAUUGUCAGCCUGUGCCAGAAUACUGCAGAAUCUCGACACCAUGAACGAGGAGCAAAUAAAAUCCAUUCUACGGUCCUGUGCGGCUAUGGAGCUUGCUCUCACCAGCUUCGAGGAGAGGUUAUUGAACGAGAUCGUCGAUCCCGAUGACUCCUUCAUUAUGGGCGCCGCCUCGUCAACAGCGACUGGCUCGGUCUCCUGCAGUUCCCCCGAGUCCUUCGUUAACGCUCCAGCGGCUUCGGAGUCUAUGCCUGUCGAUCUCAUCUCGGCCGAUUGCGUACCCAUGUUGCCCGAAUCCGUGACUGAGUGCGGGUGGAGCCCCGAAUCAUUGGAAUACCUUUUUGAGACCGACGCUGAACAUCUCGCACACUAUUACCAUCAUCAAAGCCGCGGUGACGUUCGUUGGUAA